GAUCACGAGAUGACGGAAGAAAAGCUCAAGCAAGAUCCUCACGCCUACAUCACGAACUGCCUCCCUCGUUUCGAGUUCAAGGACCGCUACAACAAAAAGCGCCAGGACGAUGAAGAUUAUGACGAAGGAGAUGGAGAAGCGGGCAGAGCCUGGGCCAAAGAACAUAAUGAGAAAAAAUGUCCUUGCUUCGACAAGAGCCGUACUGACGGCUGGGCUAUGAUGCGAAAAGCCUUUACAAGGAAGAUUGAUGUUGAGACCAUCGAGGUCCCACAUCGCGACCCUGACUGCUUCGGCAUGUACGUCUACAAUGACUUUGCUGGUUAUGGCUACCAAGAAGUUGUCGAGAACAACAUGGCCGAGUUCAACAAAAUUCUGAACAGCAAGAAUGGAAAGACUGAAGAGCUUUGGACUAUCCUCGAAUCAAUGCCAAUCUGGCUUCUAGACGAGCCCAAUGUUCCAUGGCAUAUGAUUGACGAUGGCGAACGCUCAUGGUUGACAUACGGUCUGCUCGGCUUCAUGCUCUUGGCCGGACUGAAUCGCAUUGAUCAAGAGGGCGAACUGAAGCCCGAUUCCAAGUACAAAGACCUCUCGCUGGUCAUGUCGCUUUGGGCUAGAGUAGCUGAUGAUCUUGGCGGAGAUACUGACGAUCCUUUCGACGGUGUCAAGGGUGGUGGUGACUCUAGCCUCGGCGAUUAUGCCGGAUUCAGCUUGCUUUGGUUCCGCUACCUUCUUGCUCUUGCAAAAGAAGCUGGCAUUCCCAUCAAGGGUGUCACACAUAUCGAUGACAAAGUCGAUGAAUGGUUAUCGCAAAUCGAGGGUAAAGUAAAAUUGCCACCUAAGAAGGCAGACCGGUUUGGCUGGAAAACAAAGUUCUCUAAAUACACUAAAUCAUACGGAGCUGGCGGCAAGAUCGGUGGAGAGCAAUUCAAGAUCACAAAAUGGACUCGACAAGAGAGAAAGAAGCACGCUUUCGAUAACGAAGAUCCUUUGACUGAUGAACAGAUAAAGGCAUUGAAAGAUGGU